AAAGAUUUUUUAAGAAGUAAUAUAUGAAUGACAUAAUGUCAAGAAUUUAUGUUCUUCCUUUUAAUAUAGGAUGUUUGAGUAAGUCAACAACAAGAAGAAGGAACACAAAGAUUGAACCAAGCCAAGUUGCAACAAGAGUGGAUUUGGAGGGAGAUAAAAAGAGGUCAUCAUCACCAAUGGUGAAAAUCAAGAAGUCUUGGCAUUCUGUUGCUCCAAGUAGAUCUUACAUGUCUAAGGCCAUGGACAGAGUUAUCAGAGUUACAUGCAAAGGUUUUAAUAAUAUAUUUGCUUACAAAGAUAUGGAAGACGUUAAAGUUGAGAGGAAGAGGGAAAUGGAAAUCGGAUUCCCAACCGACGUCAAGCAUGUAACGCACAUAGGCUAUGAUGGAUCAACGACUACAAACCCCGAAAAUAGUUGGGAUCAUUUUCAACCAUCGGAGACACUCUCUUCCCCUUCGGUUUCUUUAAAACAACUUGAGCUUGCGUUUGCCGGGCAGCGUGAGAGGCAGGACCCCUAAAGGCUCGUGGCAUUUGAAAUGUAGCUAAAGUUCAACACAAUAUACAACAAAUUGAGAGUUUUGAGAAUGUAGUACACAAACAUGGAAGGACAAAGAAAACUGAAAAAUGGGAUAGUCUAGUGGUGAAAUAUGUUUUUGGUUUUGUUGGGUGUCUCAUGUCUGAUUUUGAUUUUGUUGAGAUUGUUUCAU